UUUUGACAAUGACACGUCUUUUUUUCUACGCGAAGUUGUCAACUUGCGUCGUGUUGGAAAAAUUGCAUGUCGCUAUGUUCAGUCACGUCAGUUCUCGAAAUAAAUAAAUUGAACAUGGCUGAUACCGAGGGACAUAAACAUCGGGAAGUGAAUUUCCAUGAGAGCGAAGUGAUAGAGAAGCCAGCACCGCCGCCCGCGCCCACCGGGCCGCGCGGCGUGCAGGUCGUCAACACAGGGCCCGACCACACCUUCAUACUCGACGAAGAGGCCUUAAAGGAGCUGCUACACGAUGAGGACAUCAGGGAGCGAGCCGUGGUGGUCGUGUCCGUGGCCGGGGCCUUUAGGAAGGGGAAGAGCUUCCUGCUCGACUUCUUCCUCAGAUAUAUGCACCACAAGUACGGCAGCGGCGGCGGCGGCGGCGACUGGCUGGGAGCGCCCGACGAACCGCUACAGGGCUUCAGCUGGCGCGGGGGCUCCGAGCGGGACACCACCGGCAUCCUGAUGUGGUCCGAGAUCUUCAAGGCUACUCUAGACAAUGGGGAGAAGGUGGCGAUAAUCCUGCUGGACACCCAAGGCGCGUUCGACAGCGAGUCGACGGUGCGCGACUGCGCGACCGUGUUCGCAUUAUCCACCAUGCUGUCGUCGGUGCAGAUCUACAACUUGUCGCAGAACAUUCAGGAGGACGACUUACAGCACUUACAGCUGUUCACGGAAUAUGGCCGAUUGGCGUUAGAAGACAGCGGUCGCACACCUUUCCAGAGGCUUCAGUUCCUGGUCCGGGACUGGAGCUUCCCGUACGAGGCGGCGUACGGCGCCGAGGGCGGUAACACCAUCCUGCAGCGACGGCUAAAGGUGUCGGACAAGCAGCACCCGGAGCUGCAGUCGCUGCGCAAGCACAUAACGUCCUGCUUCUCCGAGAUCGCGUGCUUCCUGUUGCCUCACCCCGGCCUGCGGGUCGCCACCAACCCGCACUUCGACGGACGACUCGACGACAUAGAGCCCGAAUUCAAGCGAUCACUCCAGCAGCUGGUGCCCAUGCUGCUGGCUCCACAGAACCUCGUGCCCAAGCUCAUCAACGGCCAGAAAGUCAAGGCCAAGGAGCUGGUCCAGUACUUCGUGUCUUACAUGAACAUUUACAAGGGCAAUGAGCUGCCCGAACCGAAGAGUAUGCUGGUGGCGACAGCGGAAGCGAACAACCUCACAGCCGUGGCCGAGGCCAAAGAAGUGUACACCACGCUCAUGGAAGAAGUGUGCGGAGGCGCCAAACCUUACCUGCAGACACAACUGCUGGAGGCUGAACAUGGCAGGGUCCGGGACAAGGCGCUGCACGCCUUCCACUCCAAGCGGAAGAUGGGAGGGGACGAGUUCAGCCAGUCCUACUGCGAGCAGCUGGUGCGGGACUUGGAGGAACAAUUCAAGCAGUUCACCGCGCACAACGAGAGCAAGAACAUCUUCAAGGCGGCGCGCACGCCGUCCGUGUUCUUCGCCAUCGCCAUGUUCUUCUACGUGCUGAGCGGCAUCUUCGGCCUCGUCGGCCUCUACCCCAUCGCCAACCUCUGCAACCUGGCCAUGGGCGUCGCGCUGCUCACGCUAGUGCUGUGGGCGUACAUCAGGUACAGCGGAGAGAUGCGGGAGCUGGGCGUGACCAUAGACGACACGGCCAACGUGCUUUGGGAAAAUGUAAUGAAGCCGCUAUACCAAGCCGGCUUGGAGAAGGGCAUGGAGCACGCCGCCAAGGCCGCCGCCGAGAGCGCGCUCGGCCCCUCCACGCCCUCCGUCAACGGCAAGCACAAGCAGUUGUGAUGCCCGCCCAGACGGAGACAGCGCAUCACGAGCAUAUCGACCCCACACGGGUCGAAGCGAGACGGGACGCGUGUCGGCGUUGGGUCUUCAAACAGACGGUUAGUGACGCGACAUAUCGAUGACAUAUCACAGGACGCGCGUAGGGUUAAAGGUUUUGUUCGGAU